CGCUAUCCAGGAGGCCCAGUUACAGCGGCUGGAGGCGGCCAGACCCUGCGGGCUGGGGAGCAGGGAGCGGGGCCCAGUGCUGAGGAUGGCCUGGCAGCAGCUGCCACCCUGGGUCCAUGCAACCCUCCUCCUCUGCCUCCUCAGCCUCAGCGGGGCCAUUGAGAUUCCUAUGGAUCCAAGCAUUCAGAAUGAGCUGUCCCAGCCCCCGACCAUCACCAAGCAGUCGGUGAAGGACCACAUCGUGGAUCCCCGGGAUAACAUCUUGAUUGAGUGUGAAGCAAAGGGGAACCCCGCCCCCAGCUUCCACUGGACUCGCAACAGCAGGUUCUUCAACAUCGCCAAGGACCCCCGGGUGUCAAUGAAGAGGAGGUCUGGGACCCUGGUGAUCGACUUCCGGAGUGGCGGGCGGCCAGAGGAGUACGAGGGGGAGUACCAGUGCUUCGCCCGCAACAAAUUCGGCACGGCCCUAUCCAAUAGGAUCCGCCUGCAGGUGUCCAAAUCGCCCCUGUGGCCCAAGGAAAACCUAGACCCUGUCGUGGUUCAAGAAGGCGCCCCCUUGACGCUCCAGUGUAAUCCCCCACCGGGACUUCCAUCCCCAGUCAUCUUCUGGAUGAGCAGCACCAUGGACCCCAUCACGCAAGACAAGCGUGUCUCCCAAGGCCAUAAUGGGGACCUCUACUUCUCCAACGUGCUGCUGCAGGACAUGCAGACGGACUACAGCUGCAACGCCCGCUUCCACUUCACACACACCAUCCAGCAGAAGAACGCCUUCACCCUCAAAGUCCUCACCAACCACCCCUAUAAUGACUCGUCCUUAAGAAACCACCCUGACAUGUACAGUGCCCGAGGAGUUGCGGAAAGGACGCCCAGCUUCAUGUAUCCCCAGGGCACGGCAAGCAGUCAGAUGGUGCUGCGUGGCACGGACCUCCUGCUGGAGUGCAUCGCCUCCGGGGUCCCAACACCAGACAUCGCAUGGUACAAGAAAGGAGGGGACCUCCCAUCUGACAAGGCCAAGUUUGAGAAUUUUAACAAGGCUCUGCGUAUCACCAAUGUCUCUGAGGAAGACUCUGGGGAGUAUUUCUGCCUGGCCUCCAACAAGAUGGGCAGCAUCCGGCACACGAUCUCGGUGAGAGUAAAGGCUGCUCCCUACUGGCUGGAUGAACCCAAGAACCUUAUUCUGGCUCCUGGCGAGGACGGGAGACUGGUGUGUCGAGCCAGUGGGAACCCCAAGCCCACCAUCCAGUGGAUGGUGAAUGGGGAACCUUUGCAAUCGGCACCACCCAACCCAAACCGAGAGGUGGCCGGAGACACCAUCAUCUUCCGGGACACGCAGAUCAGCAGCAGGGCCGUGUACCAGUGCAACACCUCCAACGAGCACGGCUACCUGCUGGCCAACGCCUUCGUCAGCGUGCUGGACGUGCCGCCCCGGAUGCUGUCACCCCGGAACCAGCUCAUUAGGGUGAUCCUGUACAACCGCACGCGGCUGGACUGCCCGUUCUUUGGGUCCCCCAUCCCCACGCUCCGAUGGUUUAAGAAUGGGCAAGGAAGCAACCUGGACGGAGGCAACUACCAUGUCUAUGAGAACGGCAGUCUGGAAAUCAAGAUGAUCCGCAAAGAGGACCAAGGCAUCUACACCUGUGUCGCCACUAACAUCCUGGGCAAAGCAGAAAACCAGGUCCGCCUGGAGGUCAAAGACCCCACCAGGAUCUACCGGAUGCCUGAGGACCAGGUUGCCAAAAGGGGCACCACGGUGCAGCUGGAGUGCCGGGUGAAGCACGACCCGUCCCUGAAGCUCACAGUGGCCUGGCUGAAGGACGACGAGCCGCUCUACGUCGGGAACAGGAUGAAGAAGGAGGAUGACUCCCUGACCAUCUUUGGUGUGGCGGAGCGAGACCAGGGCAGUUACACCUGCGUCGCCAGCACCGAGCUGGACCAAGACCUGGCCAAGGCCUACCUCACCGUGCUAGCUGAUCAGGCCACUCCAACUAACCGUUUGGCUGCCCUGCCCAAAGGACGGCCAGACCGACCCCGGGACCUGGAGCUCACUGACCUGGCCGAGAGGAGCGUGAGGCUGACCUGGAUCCCUGGAGACGACAACAACAGCCCCAUCACAGACUACGUCGUCCAGUUUGAAGAGGACCAGUUCCAGCCAGGGGUCUGGCAUGACCAUUCCAAGUUCCCAGGCAGUGUCAACUCAGCCGUCCUCCAGCUGUCCCCAUACGUCAACUACCAGUUCCGGGUCAUUGCCAUCAACGAGGUCGGCAGCAGCCACCCCAGCCUCCCGUCCGAGCGCUACCGAACCAGCGGAGCACCCCCUGAGUCCAAUCCCGCUGACGUGAAGGGAGAGGGGACCAGAAAGAACAAUAUGGAGAUCACGUGGACGCCCAUGAAUGCCACCUCCGCCUUCGGCCCCAACCUGCGCUACAUCGUCAAGUGGCGGCGGAGAGAGACUCGCGAGAGCUGGAACAACGUCACCGUGUGGGGCUCCCGCUACGUGGUGGGGCAGACCCCUGUCUACGUGCCCUAUGAGAUCCGAGUCCAGGCUGAAAAUGACUUUGGGAAGGGCCCUGAGCCAGACACUGUCAUCGGUUACUCCGGAGAAGAUUAUCCCAGGGCUGCACCCACUGACGUUAAGAUCCGAGUCCUGAACAGCACAGCCAUCAGCCUCCAGUGGAACCGCGUCUACUCCGACACGGUCCAGGGCCAGCUCAGAGAGUACCGAGCCUACUACUGGAGGGAGAGCAGCUUGCUGAAGAACUUGUGGGUGUCUCAGAAGAGACAGCAAGCCAGCUUCCCUGGUGACCGCCUUCGUGGUGUGGUGCCCCGCCUCUUCCCCUACAGUAACUACAAGCUGGAGAUGGUUGUGGUCAAUGGGAGAGGCGAUGGGCCUCGCAGUGAAACCAAGGAGUUCACCACCCCGGAAGGAGUACCCAGCGCCCCCAGGCGAUUCCGAGUCCGGCAGCCCAACCUGGAGACCAUCAACCUGGAAUGGGACCAUCCGGAACACCCCAAUGGGAUCCUGACUGGAUAUACCCUCAAAUAUGUGGCCUUUAAUGGAACCAAAGUAGGAAAGCAGAUAGUGGAAAACUUCUCUCCCAAUCAGACCAAGUUCAUGGUGCAGAGAGCAGACCCCGUGUCGCGCUACCGCUUUACCCUCAGUGCCAGGACGCAGGUGGGCUCUGGGGAAGCUGUCACAGAGGAGUCACCAGCACCCCCGAAUGAAGCUACUCCAACCGCAGCUCCUCCCACGUUGCCCCCGACUACGGUGGGUGCGACGGGCGCUGUGAGCAGUACCGAUGCUACUGCCACUGCUGCCGCCACCGAAGCCACAACAGGCCCCAUCAUCCCAACUGUCGCACCUACCACCAUCGCCACCACCACCGUCGCCACAGCUGCUACAGCCACUGCCGCCACCACCACCACCACGGAGAGUCCUCCCACCACCACCGGGACUAAGAUACACGAAUCCGCCCCUGACGAGCAGUCCAUAUGGAACGUCACGGUGCUCCCCAACAGUAAAUGGGCCAACAUCACCUGGAAGCACAAUUUCGGGCCGGGAACUGACUUUGUGGUUGAGUACAUCGACAGCAACCAUACGAAAAAAACUCUCCCUGUUAAGGCCCAGGCCCAGCCUAUACAGCUAACAGACCUCUAUCCCGGGAUGACAUACACGUUGCGAGUUUACUCCCGGGACAACGAGGGCAUCAGCAGUACCGUCAUCACCUUUAUGACCAGUACAGCUUACACCAACAACCAGGCUGACAUCGCCACGCAGGGCUGGUUCAUCGGGCUCAUGUGCGCCGUCGCCCUCCUGGUGCUGAUUCUGCUCAUCGUCUGCUUCAUCAAGAGGAGUCGAGGCGGCAAGUACCCAGUGAGAGAAAAGAAGGAUGUUCCCCUCGGCCCCGAAGACCCCAAAGAAGAGGAUGGCUCCUUUGACUACAGCGAUGAGGACAAUAAGCCCCUGCAGGGCAGCCAGACGUCCCUGGACGGCACCAUCAAGCAGCAGGAGAGUGACGACAGCCUGGUGGACUAUGGCGAGGGCGGUGAGGGGCAGUUCAAUGAGGACGGCUCCUUCAUCGGCCAGUACACAGUCAAAAAGGACAAGGAGGAGACAGAGGGCAAUGAAAGCUCAGAGGCCACAUCGCCGGUCAACGCCAUCUAUUCUCUGGCCUGAGGGAGCCCCCAGGGCACAGCCACUACUUUGAAAAAGUGUCCCUGGAAAAAGCAAGAAUAGGUGGAUUCUCCCCCAGGGAACUGCAAAGAUAGGCAAAAAGGACUAGUUGGUAAAGAACACAUAGAAAAGCUGUAGUCGUCAACCCGCCGCUGGGCCAAUGUAUUUCCGAAGGAUGCCUUUCUCGCCAUAUGCCUCCCCUCUCCCCCACCCCUCCGCUUUGGCCUUGUUAGUUGCUGAGCUGGGCUUGGCUGCUUUCUGAAAAAUGACAGUAUUUUGGCGAGGAGAGAGCGGGCAGCCUGCUUGCCUCGCUCUGGUUCGGUUGGGAGGUGGGCUUACCUCUUGCUCCUUGCUCUUACCCUGCCCCUUCCUCCAGAGUGCCCAAGACAAGAGCUGCGCUGACUCUGAAGGAGGAGUUUGAGGAACAGGAGUAGGUGCUGAUGGAAAGGACCUCAACUCCAGUGACCGUGUACCUCAA